CUUUGGUAAUACUCCGGGUAAUAAAAGAAAAAAAGAAAUCAAGUGAAAGGAUUAACCAAAACUCCAAAAGACUCAAUACCCAAGCGGUGGAGGGCUCCGAUGUGAAUUCCGCAGAUUUACUUGACUCAACCAACAACUCCCUCCUUGUCGAAGUUGCCAGCCGGCGACCCAGAUUCCGAGCGAUUCACGGCGGCAAGAACAGUAUGGAUCCGGAGGCGGCACGCACCGCACGCGACUCCCUGGACUUGGCAUUUCACAUGUCGAACAUCCUCGGCACCGGCCUUGACCGCCAAACCCUCUCCAUACUCAUUGCGCUUUGCGAUCUGGGUUUUGACCCCGAGGCCUUGUCCGCCGUCGUCAAGGAGCUCACCACAGAAUCUUCUUCUUUCCCGAGACCGCCCGCUCGAUCUUGAAUCUGUGAUUAUCCCCAACCCAGGGAUUGUAAAACUCUUUGAUGUUGUUUAGGGAUUCAAACAUGAUGGCAAUCGCUUUGAACGUUCGAAUGUGGCUUCGCUUGUGCAUGGAGCUAUCAUCGCCAUCUCGCUAUGAUUACCAGUAUUGAUCUUUGUUAUACUUUUGUUCAUCUUUCAUCACUGUAGUACUUGUUUUUCUUCAUCUCAUAUCAUUGUUCUUGUCUGUGUUCCGAAGAGGAGUGUUAGGGGGACCUUAGGAUUUUGACAUCAAAUGUAUCCCAAUACCAAUACAGACACACCCAGAUAUUUAAUGUCUGUGCACACAGACAUUGAAUGUCUGUGUUGUGUACAUUGAAUGUCUGUGUGUGUUUGUAUUGGCCUUGGUCUGUGUGUAUUGGCCUUAGUGUGCAUUACGGCUGAUGUUUUUUAGUUUAUGGAGUAAGAUUUUUUGGGUAGGGAUUCCCAUCUCACAUGCUGCCACUUAAAUAAAAUGGAAUUAAUUCC